CUUCCUUCCUUGCAGCUGAGCUUCGGUUCACUCCGUUUGCCAUUGACAAUGGAGUCUUUCACUCUCUACGCUCAAUUCUCGGUCCCCGCCAUCGCCCACCAGUUCCACAACAAGACGAUAAUCACAGUCACCAAGCGCGCUCAAUUUUCACGACCACGUUUUAUGAGCUUUAGUUGCCGCCAAAAUCCGAUUUCAAAGGCCGUGAGGAGUUCAAUGGGGAAGGACGCAGUCCUGGAAGGCGAGGAAGCUGCAUUGCUGGUGAACACUUGCAUCACGCGUAAUUUGCCGCCUGUGUUGAGCUUGGAGCAUGGAUUGGAGAGGGUUAAGGAGGCUGUGGAGGAGCUGAAAUCGAAUCCUCCUCCUUCUUCGAGUGGAAUGUACAGAUUUCAGGUUGCAGUGCCUCCGAGUGCAAAGGCCUUGAAUUGGUAUUGCUGCCAGCCGGAGGCAUCCGACAUAUUUCCUCUGUUUUUCUUGUCGAAUGAGAAGGAUAGUCCGUCGUUUAAGUCCCUUUCGUUGGGAAGAACCAGGGGAGUUUUCGGUAUGGGAUCCGCUGUUAACUUCAAGGGGUCAUCUUCCGAUGCUUCGGGAGAAUUAAAUUCACUCCAAAGAUUUCUACAGGCGGAAUCAACAUCUUCGAAGGCUUAUGGUUUCACGGACGUCGAGUUUGAUCCGAAGCUAACAACUAUGAAGCAUCGGAGAGGUUCGUUUCACCUUUUCAUUCCCCAGAUUGAGCUGGAUGAAUUCGACGAUAUCACUUUCUUGAUCGCCACCAUUGCGUGGGAUGACUCGUCAUUGUGUAGCUUUUCUGAAGCAGUCCAAACAUUCGAGCGCACUUUUGAUCAGGCUAGAUAUUCCUGUGUCGAUGGUAGCGAACUGAUUCAAUCUGCCCUUCUAAAGUCCAACAACACCGAAGAACACAAGCAAAUGGUACGUGUGAAUUCUCUCCUACUCGAAGGGAAGCAACUCGACGCGAGAUCCCUGGAAAUGAGAGAUGCUUCGUCUUGUUGCAGCCAGUUCUCCGCCAGGCUUUCACAGACUCUAUCGAUCGCAAAUAACAUGCAUCAGAAAGACGAGAUCAAUCUAGCCAAGUAUUUCACUCAAGAUUGUCCCAACGUCAAUGCUUUGUGGGCGUCUCUUAUAGUCGAAGAAUGUGUUCGUCUUGGCCUCACAUACUUUUGUGUCGCGCCAGGAUCAAGAUCAUCUCCCUUGACAGUCGCUGCUGCUAGCCACCCGCGCACGACUUGUAUUGCAUGCAUCGAUGAACGAUCCCUCGCAUUUCACGCUCUUGGAUACGCCAAAGGCUCUCAGAAGCCAGCAGUCGUUAUAACCUCAUCCGGCACAGCUGUUUCAAAUCUUUUUCCAGCCGUUGUGGAAGCCAGCCAAAAUUUCGUUCCUAUGCUUGUUCUUUCAGCUGAUCGACCUCCCGACCUCGUUGAUGUGGGCGCAAACCAAGCGAUCAAUCAGAUCAAUCAUUUCGGAAUAUUCGCGCGGCACUUCUUCAGUCUACCUCCUCCAACCGACGAGGUUUCAGCAAGACUGGUUCUUACGACAAUCGACUCAGCUGUGUUUAAAGCUAUGUCUUCACCAAAUGGUCCUAUACAUGUCAACUGCCCCUUCCGGGAACCACUGGCAAACAGUACGAAAAAGUGGAAUCGUAGCUGUGUAAGCGGAUUAGACGUUUGGUUGUCGAAUGCUAAACCGUUUACCAGCUACGUCCCAUUACAGAGCUCCUUUGAAAAUGGCGAUCUACAAGGGCAAAUAGCCGAGGUUUUGAAGCUGGUACAAGGUGCGAAACACGGAGUACUAGUACUCGGUUCGAUUCACAAAGAGGACGACAUGUGGGCAGCGCUUCUGCUUGCAAAACAUUUGCUGUGGCCGGUAGUUGUCGAUAUUCAAUCAGGUUUGCGACUGAGGAAAUACCUGUCAUCGUUUCUUGAUGAAAAGGAUAUACUGUUCGUAGAUCAGAUCGAUCAGCUGCUGAUGUCGGAGUCUUUCAGAAGUUGGAUGAAGGCCGAUGUGAUCAUACAGAUGGGAAGCCGGAUAACAGGGAGGCGAAUCGCUCAGAUGAUUGAUCAGUGCACUCCUUGCACAUACAUUAUGGUUGACGACCAUCCCGGCCGUCAUGAUCCUUCGAACAUCAUGUCGCAUAGAAUCCAUAGCAGCAUCACUAAGUUCAGCGAGUUCUUGAUUAAAUCUUCUUCGCCGUAUGCGUGCAAGAAUUGGAGGGAAUUCAUUCGCGGAUUGGACAUGAUGGCUGCCUGGGAAUCAUCCUUCUUGAUCAGCUCAGAGCAAUCGCUGACCGAACCUUACGUUGCACGUAAACUCUCCGAAGCCAUUCGCUGCGGAUCUGCUGUAUUUUUCGGAAACAGCAUGCCAGUACGCGACUCGGACAUGUAUGCAAAUAACUGGGUGCCAUCGACGCACAGCGCGUCUCUGAUGCACAGCGCGGGUUUAUUGUGUCAUUACGUGCAAGUCACCGGUAACCGAGGUGCCAGUGGCAUUGACGGCUUGAUAAGCACUGCAAUCGGCUUCGCAGCUGGCUCGAACAAACGGGUGCUGAUGGUGCUGGGAGACGUUUCAUUUUUGCACGAUACCAACGGAUUGUCUCUGCUCAGCCAACGGACACGGCGCAAACCGAUGGUCAUCGUUGUCGUCAACAAUCACGGCGGCGCAAUCUUUAGCCAACUACCAGUUGCCAACAUCACCGAUAGAAGUAUACUCGACAAGUUUUUCUAUACGACUCAUAAUGUUUCGAUCCGGAAUCUUUGUGAGGCGCACGGCGUGAAGCAUAUACAUGUCCAGUCCAAAAAUGACUUGCACGACGCACUGUUCGCGUCUCAGAGAGAAGAUGUCGACUGCGUUGUGGAAGUCGAGAGUGGCAUUGAUACGAACGUCGAAUUCCACAGCGACUUGAGGAGUUUUACGCUCCAAGCAUCGAACAACGCUUUAACCAUACUCUCCAAGCUUACAGCGUCGAAUCCGACCUCUCAAGGCGAGAUGCAUUACGAAAUCAGAAAAAUGGAGUAUUCGCAGUACAGGGUUCGGCUAAAUGCUGCGCCUACUUCGGCUUCUAGAAGGUCGAACGAUACCCCUUCCUUUAGAGAAGGUUUUGUUAUAAGUGUGUCUCUCGAAGAUGGAAGUAUCGGACAUGGAGAGGUUGCACCUCUCGAGAUCCACGACGAGAAUUUGCGCGACGUGGAAGAGCAGCUUCGGUUCCUCGUACAUGCUAUAGAAGGAACAAAGAUCAGCAACAUCCUUCCGUUGUUGAAUGGCUCGAUUUCGUCAUGGAUAUGGAGUGUUUUAGGAAUCCCGCCCAAUUCACUUUUCCCCAGCGUUCGAUGUGGGCUCGAGACAGCGCUCCUCAGCGCACUCGCUAGCAAACACGGAACUAGUUUAUUAAACAUACUUAGUCCCGGGAAAGAAGAUCCAUCCGGGACAUCGAAUGCUGUUCAAAUUUGUGCUCUUAUCGACUCUUACGGCAGCCCAGCAGAAACAGCUUUCCUUGCGUCGACACUCGUUGCAGAGGGGUUUAACACCAUAAAGAUAAAAGUGGCGCGCAGAGACAAUCCGGAGGAAGAUAUUGCCGUGAUUAAAGAGGUGAGAAAGAGCGUCGGAGACGGCAUUGUCCUUCGCGCAGACUCAAAUAGGAAAUGGACUUACCACGAAGCUGUUAAAUUCGCCGAUGGGGUUAAAGACUGUCGACUGCAGUAUAUCGAGGAGCCGGUGAAAAUGGAAGAUGAUAUAGUGAAGUUCUGCUUAGAGACGGGCUUACCAGUGGCUUUGGAUGAGACCGUAAACUCUAUCCGAGAGAAUCCUCUUCAGGCGCUCGAGAAAUACAACCAUUCGGGGAUCGCUGCUGUCGUUAUAAAACCGGGUGUCGUUGGAGGCUUCGAGAAUGCAACGAUAAUCGCGCGAUGGGCUCAGCAGCGUGGGAAGAUGACGGUUAUAAGCGCCGCGUUUGAAAGUACGCUCGGUUUGUCUGCCUACAUUCAGUUCGCUCGUUUUCUGGACAUGCAAAGCGUCGAGAUGCAGAAUCUGGAGUCGAACGUAGCUCAUGGAUUCGGAACCUACAAGUGGUUCGACGAACAAACGACGAACGAGCCUCUGAACAUUCGAAACAAUCCAGCCCACAGCUCGGUCGAGGCAGACGCUACCGAUGCUGGCAAUUUUCUCCAGAAAUAUCGAGUAAAUCCCGACGUGGUUGUUCGAGCCUCAGCUGAUGAACAAGUGAACGAAUAUCAAGUCCCGGUCGACGUCGAAGGCGCCUCGUUUUCCAUCAAUGUGCUCGAGACGGGCGAAAGCCUCGACGGAAGUGCGGUUGUGUUCCUCCACGGAUUCCUCGGAAACAGUCGAGACUGGCUUCCCGUCAUGAAGGCCGUCUCGGGAUCCACUCGAUGCAUCGCCGUCGACCUCCCCGGCCACGGUCAAUCGACAUUGCGAAAUCAGAAUGGGAACGUCUCGGAGCAGCCGAAUCUGAAGAUCGAAACGAUGACCGAUAUCUUGCGUCAAGUGUUGAACAAUAUUCCCGGGAAAGUUACGCUCGUCGGAUACUCGAUGGGAGCGAGGAUCGCCCUCUACACAUCGCUAAAACACGGUGACAAGAUCGAACGAGCUGUGAUUGUUUCCGGAAGCCCCGGGUUAGCGGACGAGAAUGCGAGAACGCUUCGAAGGGCCAAAGACGACUUCCGAGCCAACGCUCUCGUCUCCAACGGCAUCGAAUUUUUCCUUGACGCUUGGUACGCCGACGAGCUAUGGACAAGCUUCAGAAUCCAUCCGAGAUUCAAGCAAAUAGCGUCGACCCGUUUACGGUCGACGGAUUUGUGCACUCUUGGCAAAGUUCUCUCCGACAUGAGCGUCGGGAGGCAACCAUCAUUAUGGGAAGAUCUAAAGCAUAGAAAAGUUCCUCUUCAUAUCAUAGUAGGAGAAAAAGACUCCAAGUUUAAAGCCAUUGCUCGCGAAAUUCAGGCGGCGGCGCCGGCGCCGGCGGCGGUGGUGGAGAUCCCGGCGGCGGGGCAUGCAGUACAUGUUGAGAAUCCUCUUGGGGUUAUAAGUGCUGUUAGUCAAUUUAUUAGGACGUCAUCCUCGUCGUCAUCACCUUCUUCUUCUUUUGUGUCGCUGACGUAAUUAAUAAUUCUAUAUAUAUAUAUAUUUAUAUAUAGAGAGAGUGUAGGGAAUGAAUAAUUUGAUUGAUGCAAACAAACAACAUAGGAUCGAUUUUUCACUGUAAUAAUUACUUUUCACUUUAAAUUUAUUUGUUUUUGUUUACUUAUAUUGAUAAUUCUACAAUUUAAUUUAGUUUA